GCUCCAGCGUCGCUCGCUCUGACCUGCGGCACCCAACUCCUCUUUCGACCGUCUAGGUGUUCGCAUCCCACAAACACACCGACAACGAGCCAAACCGACGACAACGACGAUAUCGACGAAGACGACGGACUAUCCCGACCAUUGCCGGCCAUGUCGACCGCCCCUUUCAGGGUCAAGGCCCUGUUCGAAUACUCCUCGCCCCACGAGGAUGACCUUCAGUUCCCCGCCGGCGUCAUCAUCACCGUGACCGACGAGGAGGAUGCUGAUUGGUAUACUGGCGAGUAUGUCGACGACUCUGGCGCCAAGCACGAAGGAAUCUUUCCUCGCAAUUUCGUCGAGAAAUUCGAGCCCCAGGCCCCGCCUCGCCCAACGAGAACUCGAACCAAGAAAGAGGCCGAGGUCACGUCCCCCAUCUCGGAGGCGCCCGCCCCAGUUCCUCAAUCCGAGCCUCAACCCACCCAAGAAGCUCACGCCGAGGUCGAGAAACCUGCGCCGUCCCCGGCAGCUGCCGUGCCUGCCUCGCCCGAAGCACCCGCAGCUCCCGAGCCCGAGCCUGUAAAGGCACCUGAGCCAAUCCCCGAACCGACCCCGGUUGCUCCGGCUCCCAGAACUGAGUCCCCCGCAGUCACGUCGCCUCCCAUCGCCAAGGCAGCGCCUGCUUCAUCAAAGCCCGGCCCGCCGCCCAAGCCGUCCAGCAAUGCCUUCAAGGAUCGCAUUGCUGCAUUCAACAAAGCCUCGGCUGCUCCUAUUACGCCAUUUAAGCCGAGCGGGCUGGCCCAAGGUUCCUAUCACAUCAAGAAGCCGUUUGUGGCUCCUCCCCCUAGCCGCAAUGCAUAUGUUCCCCCGCCUACGCAGGCACCGGUUGCAAAGGUCUACCGAAGAGACGAGGACCCGGAAAUUCUGGAAAGAGAGGCAGAGGCCCAGGAGAAUGUUGAGAAGGCCGGCAUGGCUCCUGGUCCCUCUGGUGAAGAUGGUGAGGAUGCGCCGAAGCCGACCACCUUGAAGGAGCGCAUUGCUCUUCUUCAGAGACAACAACAGGAACAAGCACAGCGUAACGCCGAGGCCGCUGCCAAAAAGAAGGCUGCACGACCACCGCCUAAGAAGCGCACCGACAGCCAGGAGGCUUCUGAGGAUGCCGGCGCUGCUGCUGCCCCUGCACCUGAGGGCGAUACGGAGGAGGUAGCAGGCCGGAGCUCGAUAGAUUCAGCUCGUGUGCCGCCCGCCCCCCGGCGCAAGCCUUCCAAGGGCCCUGCUGCCGAGAGCUACCAUGACGGCAAUGAAGCGGACAUGUCUGGGGCUGGCGACACUACCGAAGGCCCUGAGGAUCUCACCGAACGCGACGAUAGUGACGUGGCUCCACGGCCUGUCCUGCGGCCCCAAGUCGCUUCUCCUAUCGAGACAAGAAAAGAGGAGGACGCAGCCGAUGAGCAGGGCGGAGAUGAGGAAGAAGAGGAGGACGAUAUUGACCCCGAGGUUCGCAGGAAGGAGGAGCUCAGAGCCAGGAUGGCGAAAAUGAGCGGCGGCAUGGGAAUGCACGGCAUGUUUGGAAUUCCAAUGGCUGCUCCAGCUAUACCCAAGAAGAAGAAGACAAUCGAGAAGCCAGUGGAGGCAUCGCCGACGGAGGAGCACGAAGAGGAGACAUCGCCUACAAGCCGUGUCGCCGUACCGGGCAUGAUGGCAUUGCCAGGGCUGAGCGCACCCAAACGUCAAGAAGAGGCUACUGAGCCUGAGCCGCCAACAUCCCCUAGAGCGCCACCCCCGCCUCCACGAACGAUUGAAGUCGACGAUGACAGAGACGAGCCAAUUACGAGCCCACCUCCCAGUCGUGAGUCAAAGACGAUUGUUGUCUUAGUUGCAUUUGCUAAUUUUGCGAAAGUCCCUGCCCGUGAGCCCGCGGGAGCUCCUCCUGUUCCAGGAUCCCGGCCCGCGGCGCCGCCCGUUCCCAGCGAUUCUCGGCCCGCUACCUCUGGGCUCAAAUCUCCCAGUGAUGGCUCAGUGUCCGACGAUGAGCUAUCAGGAGGUGUCCUAGACACUCCCAAGGCCGAAGAAGCGCGAGCACCCCCGCCACUGCCGCCAGUUGCAACCGCCGCACGCUCGCCACCUCCCAUUCCCGGCUCCGAAUUCUCACCAACAUCUCCCACCAGCUCCUCGGGCAAGCGGAUGAGCAGAAUUCCGCCUCCUAUCCCUGGAGCUGCUCCUCCUAUCCCUACAGCACAAUCGCGACCGCCUCCCCCACCACCUCCAGGCGGUAGUCUGAGCCGUCAGUCGACGCAGGAUAUGCACGUCGCAUCACCCAUAUCACCACCCAUCAGACCUCCUCAACAGGGUGACGAUGAGGACGAGGCUACAGAGUAUGAGGGAGAUUACGAUACUGACAUUGCGUCGUCGGUUCCCCACAAAGACGCACUCAAAUCUCACGCCAGGGACUCGAGUCUCGACGACAACACGCCAGUCAGAUCACCCACAUCCCCAGCCCUACCACCGACCAUGCCGCCACCUAUCCCGACUGGCCCGCCGCCCAGAGCUGCUCCGCCACCGGUGCCGACGGCUGAUAAGCGCCGCUCUGUGGAUGUACCGCGAACAGCUCCUCCUCCCCCUCCGCCAGCAAGGGACGAUGACGAGUACGACCCCUAUAACUACUCCACCCAAAAGCUACCGUACUCUCAGCGUACCCCGAAGAUUGAAGAGGAGGGAUACUUCCAGGAUGAUGCUCCGCCGUUGCCAUCGCCGUCUCACACGAGAGCCCCGCCUCCCGCCCCUCCCGCUGGCCGGUCUCGCCAGUCACUGGAUGUGUCACGAGCCUCCAUGUCUCAGCGACGUUCUAUGGAUGCGCACCGACCGUCCAUGUCCACAGAAUCAGGCUUCAUCGCUAACAACGUCGAUUUGGCCAAGCAAAGUGGUUGGUGGCGUCAGGACAAGACGGUACCUCCCGUUUUCCAGGGUAGAAAGGACUUGUAUUAUGAGACGGACGACUCGACAUCAGGCUCGAUUGUCACACGCACCAUUUAUGUGCUCUUCCAAGAUUACUCGCAGACGAUCAUCAGCGUGGAGUACGAUCAGAACAACGCUGCCGAUGUUCAGCUGGAUCAACGGCAUGAUCCGCCUCCAAGAGCCUUGCGACAGGAUGAGCUCGAGCAAUCGUAUGAACGAUUUGGACGACCAAUCUCUGAAGCGGUCGUCUCCAAGAAGGAAACGAUUGUUGGCGACGGAACGCCGCAAGGCCUUAUUCAUGAACUCUUGAAGCCUUUCAAUGAUGCUCUGGCGCCAAUUGGAACCAGAGCUUAUGGCGCGCUCGUUUACUCCAACAUGGCCAAUGCCUCCACACAACAAAAUGACCAGAUCCGACCUGGAGAUAUCAUUUCCAUUCGGAACGCUCGGUUCCAGGGCAAGCACGGCCCCAUGCAUGCCAAGUAUUCAAUGGAGGUCGGCAAGCCUGACCACGUGGCGGUUGUAUCGGAAUGGGAUGGCACAAAAAAGAAGGUUCGCGCCUGGGAACAGGGCCGCGAAAGCAAGAAGAACAAGGUUGAAAGCUUCAAGCUGGACGACUUGCGUAGUGGUGAGGUUAAAAUUUGGCGGGUGAUGCCCCGGAGCUGGGUGGGAUGGAACAGCCCGUCUUAG